AUGGUCGGUGUGCCUCGAUCAAAAGGCUGUAGGACUUGUGUCCAGCGGCGAGUACGUUGUGAUCAAGGCAAACCUGUCUGCGGUAAUUGCCAAAAGGGGAACCGGGAUUGCGUCUAUUCGGAAGGCUUGAAGUUCCAGGAUGAAGGAGUUCGUCUGAGGCGAAAGUAUGAGACCAAAGCCUCGUUCCAGGGUGAGAGCUCUACAGCCUCGACAACCUCCUUGAACCUCAACAGUAGCUCGACCGAAUCAACAACAACAACAACGGAGGUUAUCGACCAUUCCAUUGAGGUUGACGACUCGCCUAUAGUUGGAACCCCUGUCGACUCUGUCCACAGCUUGGGAAUCAUUGUUCACGGCAAUUCGCUGUUCCAGUUUCUAGAGCAGAACAAAUAUGUCGAUGUGUCGCAGCACGACAGGGACGCUCUGGGACCCAGUGCUUCCCUCCUUUUCGACGGGAGUCCAUUGCAGCAGAUCAUCAGCGAGAAUCCCCUGUCGUUAGCAUCGGUGCGCGCGCCUUUUGGAAUGCAGGAGCAGCUCUUCAAUGUCAUGCAUAGCAACAUGUUCCCACCAAAUCAAACCAACAAUAUUCCAGAGAUGCUCAGAUCGCACGGAAGCUGGUUCAAGAUGCUACCACCUCUUAUGGGUGGGCAUCAUCAAGUUCUUGAUUGCGCUGUUCGAGCAGUCACGUUAGCUCACCUGGGUCGGCUUCACGGGUCUACACGAUGUCUCGAAGAGAGUCGACCGUGGUACGGAAAGACCUUGAAACUCCUCAACAAAGCAUUACUCACAGAAGAGACCGGAAUGGCAGAAGAGACCCUCGCAUCGACAAUCAUGCUGUCGUUCUAUGAGAUGUUCGCCUCCGACAGCAACGCCUCUUGGGUAGCACACGCCGGAGGCGCUGGCGCUUUGAUCAAGGCUCGUGGCCCUGAUGCAUACAGAUUCGGAAUGGCAAGAGAAAUGUUCAUCGCCUAUCGACAUACCAUUAUCAUUGAGGCAUGCCAGAGAGACCAGCCUUGUUUCCUGGCCGAGCCCGAGUGGCGCGAUUUGAGCAAAUCUAUCUUCCACGAUCUCCGCUCAACCGGGCGCGAUGUCCAUUUUCUCGAGCUGUUCGACUUGGCCGAGAUGCUGUACGACUGCAUGCUCGACAUCCCCGAACUCCUGUACCGCUCAAAGCACUUUCGUAGCAUCUGGAAAGCCGAGAAAGCACAUUUCCCCACGUUACGCGACUUCAUUGCCGAUCUCAUCGAAAGAUGCUCCAACCUCCGCCAGAGCUUUCGGAUUUUUUACUUCAAGUUCAAAGGUGCACUUUCCAAAUGCCGACUCUCCUGGACAGCGACUCUCAGCGACGAUCCAGCUAUACCUAUCUACUACCGGUUUCCCAACAUCUUCGUCGCGUCCUCCGUGACAGGAUAUUGGACCAUCAAUAUCCUUUUGAACAUUGUCCUCAUUGAGCUUUCCAAAGAUAUUGAGCCGGAAAAGAUCGGUCUAUACCGCGCCGAGAACCGCGACUCGGCGCUCGAGAUCUGUCGCAGUGUCAAGUACAUGCUGACAUCUUCGUUCCUCGGGCCUUUCUUCAUCAUCUUUGGCUUGCGGAUAUCGUUGACAGUACUGCAAGACAGGGAGGAGAGAGACUGGGUCGUGGCAAAGCUGUUCGAGAUAGGCCAAACUCACAUGGCUAUGGCCAGCCAUGUGCCAGGCUUCGAAGCUGGCGUGGAUAUGCCUCGCGUUAGGGCAGCACUCUCCGGCUCAGGGUUUCACGGCAAUGUCCUCGAAUUUGAGGUCGACCCUCUAUGA